AUGCCUUACCACCCGCAACGCUCCUACAACGGUGGCGAUUCGAACGAGAAUUACAAUAAUCAUGGCUCCCAACAGAGCUCCUUUCCUUCCAACUACCAAUACGAGCUGCCUUCGUCCGCGCCGUUUCAGCCUCACGGCUUCCACCCGGCGGCCCACCCGGAUAGCGCAUACAGCAGGCUAAGGGACCAGAGGCACCAGGGCCACGAACACUCGCCAGCUUCGCAGCCUUUCUCGCACGCCCAACGCCCGCAUCCCACUCUCCAACCCGUGCGAUCGCAGACCACGCGCACCGAUUCCACCGUGUCUCCUGGAGCCGACAACCUGGGUCCUCUCUCUGCCGGCGGCGGCAUUACCGGUAUCGCGGCGGGCAUAGCCAGCACCCACGAGCGGCAGAGCGGGCUUCAGGCGAUCAGAGGCAACCCUGACAAUACACACCACUACGGCCACCAUCCUCAUUCAGACGCGCAGUACUACGCUUCGAACCCGGAUCUUGUCGCUAUGGAUGCAUCGUCGAUGUCAAGAACACCCGGGUCCUAUUCGUCCAAUGUUCCACUCAGCCGUGCGACCGAUGGGAGCGGCAACAACAACAACAACAACAACAUCCACAGCUCCCAGUUUAACCCUCACUACGACGGACUCAACAAUGGUCCCUACAGCCAGCAACGCACCUCGUGGUCGCCGAUGAACCAGCCUAUCAACCCGAACGAUAUUGUCGAUGAUGGCGACGAUGGUUUCAUCCCAAACCCGAAGCGAAAAUCAGUCCUUAGCGCUCUUGGGAAAAGUAGCAGUCAUCAAAGCUUGGCUGGAGGCGCUGGAGCGGCUGGUGCCGGUGCGGCUGUCGGUGGUGCAGCAGCUACCAUCGGCGGUCGCGUGAACGGUCAAACAAGCAGCAGUCCCGACGGUGGUCCAUCCUACGAUGCUCUUCCCGGUGAAAAGAGUGAGUGGUUGGUCGAGCAAAGAGCAAGCAAGAAGAAGUUGAAGUGGAUUGUUGGUAUCAUCAUUGCCAUUCUCGUCCUGGGAGGCAUCGCUGGUGGAGUUGCUGGAGGGCUAUUGCCAUCAAGGAACCGUUCAAACUCCUCCUCGUCCGGGGGAGGUGGUGGACAGUCGGCAGAUGACGACUCCAGGAUCAACGGGGACCUCGACAAAGAUUCUCAGGAGAUCAAGGAUCUCAUGGAUAACCCUAAUCUGCACAGGGUCUUCCCUGGAAUGGACUACACUCCCUGGGGCACACAGUACCCUUUGUGUCUGAAGUAUCCCCCCAGCCAGAACAACGUUACUCGGGAUAUGGCAGUCCUCUCGCAGCUCACAAAUACUGUGAGACUCUACGGCACGGACUGCAACCAGACGGAGAUGGUCCUACAUGCGAUCGAUAAGCUGGAGCUGAAAGACAUGAAACUCUGGGUGGGUGUGUGGAUCGACAACGAAAACAAAACGACCAACGACCGUCAGCUGGAACAAAUGUACGAUAUCCUCAAAUCGACAGCGGAUAAAUCGUUAUUCAAGGGAGUGAUCGUUGGCAAUGAAGUCUUGUUCCGCGGUCACCGGUCCCCUGCCACACUGCAGAUGUUGAGCGACUACCUUGAAGAUGUCAAAUCCAAGCUCAAAGACAUGAACAUCGACCUGCCAGUUACAACUUCGGACUUGGGUGAUGCUUGGACUGCAGGGCUCGCUAGGGUUGUCGAUGUUGUCAUGUCCAAUAUUCAUCCUUUCUUUGGUGGCGUCCCCGUCGAUGAGGCCGCCGAUUGGACGUAUGAGUUUUGGGACAACAAAGACUCUACCCUGUCUCGAGGGCCUAACACGAAAAAGCUGAUCUCCGAAGUCGGUUGGCCUAGCGGUGGUGGGAGCAACUGUGGGAAUUCCCAGUGUUCCAGCUCCAAUUCUGGGGCGGUUGCUGGUAUCAAGGAGUUGAACAAGUUUAUGGAAGACUGGGUCUGCCCUGCCCUGGAAAAGGGCACGGAUUAUUUCUGGUUUGAAGCAUUCGACGAGCCUUGGAAAGAACAAUACAAUGAGCCGGGCAAAGAGUGGGAAGACAAAUGGGGUCUCAUGGACCCUGGAAGAAACCUCAAACCCGGGAUUAAGAUCCCAAGUUGCGGCGGGAAAACCAUAUAAAGUGAAUAUUUCACACGCUUAGACAUCCAGCCAUUGUUGUUGGCUUUUUUCUCUAUGCAUACAUACGCAAAGAACAGCGGUACAGUAUAUACAUUUCAUUUCUGCUCAUAAUCUCUCUGCAUAUAUUGGAUACCUUGACCUAUUUUGUGUUUGAUCAUAUGUUUGCAAUUUACUAUGCAUGCUCUCUUUUUCCUUUUGUGAAUAUACUUAUACAUGCAUCCCUGCAGUAUAUUGAUUCCCCUGUCUGUAUUGUUUGAAUUCACCUUGCUCACUCCCCCGUACCUAUGUUUUCCCUGAUCGACAUAGUCUCCUUUUCCUAUUGUUUUCCAGCACUGGAACCUCAUAUCUCUAACCCUCCCUUGGAAUCCAUCUGCUGUUUAAAAGCGGUUUCUUGGCAGGUUGGCGUACGGACAUUUCCUCUGCGUAUAUACCUUUUUUUCCUUUUUUUCCCCUUGAUCGGUGUCAUGUUGUUUAAAGGCAAUUAUUGGCACUAGUUGAACCUUUGUCUAUGUCAUCUCUCCUUAGUAAUUAUCCAAUUCAGCCCGUCCCUCCUUUUUCCCCCAUCGUGCCUCUUCUAUUUUAGCGACGCGCGUCGUAUAUAUAUAAUAUAUUUAAACUUUUUUUUUUCGUC